CCUCCCGUGUGUAACCAGAUAUAAGGACCAGCAGCAUGUGUUGAAGGACACACACGGCCAGCAGACCACCGUUGCUUUAAAACGUCCAAAAGAGGAACUUUCGCCAUAGAAGCUUCCAGAUAAAAAGAAGAUUUGCAACGAUGGACCAGGCUAGGUCAACAAUAUCCAAAAUCUUCAACGGGGAACCGCACUCGUACACACGUUUCAACCUGACCCAGAACAUGGAAGGUGACAACAGCCAGGUGGAGAUGAAGCUGUCGUCCGACGCGGAUGAAGAAGUCGGAGGGAACGGCGUGGGAUCCCAUCUCAGUCACAACGGCAAUCCCAAAUCCUACACAAACUCAAAGUUUGGACGCACACCCAAGAACCUUUGCUUCAUGGUAGCCACCAUUCUCCUCAUCUUGUUUAUUGGGUACUUGAUUGGCUAUCUGGUCCACGGGAAGAAAGAUUCGCCCCCGAGUUGUGCCGAGGCGUCUGUGCAGUUUCCUGAUGCCCCCGUCGUGCACGAGACUGGAGCUGCCCCCAUCAUGAACUGGGAUACGCUGAAGAAUGCGCUUGCUCAGAAACUGAGUGCCUCGAACUUCAAAAGUGCCUUUAGUGAUUUUUCCCAUUCGAACCACCGGGCUGGUUCUUCAGGCGAUGCAACUUUGGGAGAGAAGGUGGUCAAGAAGUUCACAGAGUACGGCAUGAAAACCUGGACUGAUGAGCACUUUGUGAAAGUGCAGGAUCCUCCACGUUCUGGCGCCAACAAGAUCAUUUUCAAGAAUGGCAAUGAAGAACGUCAAGAUGGCUUUCUCUCCUAUAGUGCCAAUGGAAGAGUACAGGGAGCUGUGCUGUACGCCCACUAUGGACAGGAAAGUGACUUCAGAUUGUUGCGAGACAGAAACAUCAACAUGAGUGGGAGAGUUAUGUUGAUCAGAGCUGGACUGAUCAGCUUUGCAGAAAAAGUAGCCAAUGCUGCCAAAAUGAAGGCCUCUGCUGUGUUGAUCUACCAAGACCCCACUGAUUACCCACCCCAAGGGACAAAUCAACUCUUCGGUCAUGUCCAUUUGGGUUCUGGGGAUCCGUACACCCCUGGCUUUCCCUCCUUCAACCACACCCAGUUUCCACCUGCCCAGUCUUCAGGUCUGCCAAGUAUCUUGGCUCAAACUAUCAGCACUCGCACAGCCACCAACAUUCUUCGACAACUGGAGGGUCAAAAUGUGCCGGAAGAGUGGGGUGGUUUCAACAAACUCGGCAGUGAGACUGACGUCGUCACUGUGGAGGUCAACAACGUUCUCACUGAGAAAAAGAUCUACAAUGUCUUUGGCGUCAUCGAGGGUUUUGUAGAUGCAGAUCGUUACGUGGUCAUUGGUGCCCACAGGGAUGCCUGGGGUCCAGGUUUUGCUGCGUCAACUGUCGGAACCGGCGUUCUGGUUGAACUGGCUCGUUCCAUUUCAAACGUAGUAAAGAAGGACGGAUUCAAACCAAGGAGAAGCAUUGUGUUUGCGAGCUGGAGUGCUGGAGAAUAUGGGAGCGUCGGCGCCACCGAGUGGCUGGAGGGCUAUCUGUCUUCUCUCAGCAUGAAGGCCUUCUCUUACAUCAACCUUGAUGGCAUUGUAACAGGUCACAGUGGCUUUAAAGUAUCGGCAAGUCCUCUGAUGCACACUUUGAUUGAACACACUCUCAAAGAGGUGAGCCUUCAGAAUAAAGCCGUGCCCCUUCUUUCUCAAUUUGGAAAGAACAACUGGCAAACUGACGUGCUGGAACCCAUGCAGAUGGAUAACGCUGCAUAUCCUUUCAUCGCCUUCUCUGGCAUUCCAUCUGUGUCGUUUCGCUUCACAUCCGGUUAUUUAGACUAUCCACACUUCGGCACGUCACAGGACACCCAAGAAAAUCUGAUUUCCGCCACGUCCAAUCAGCAUGUCAAGCUGGCGGAAGCAGCUGCCAAGUUUGCGGGUCACAUGGCGCUGAGGCUGGUCCAUGACCACCUGCUGCCCAUGGACCUGUUGAAGUACGAGAAGGUUAUUCGCUCUCAAGUCAUUCAGAUCAACGGGAAAGUGGAUACUGUUCGGAGGAUGCAGCCGAAUAUCCUCCCCAUGUCCAUGCAGUGGUUGUUCUCGGCCGCCGGCUCCUACAGCCGAGCUGCCCGUAACCUGAUGAACGAUAUUCAAAACAGCGACCUGGGCGACGUGGAGAUGUGCCGCAUCUACAACGACCGCAUCAUGUCGGUGGAGAGGAACUUCCUGUCGGCGUACGUGUCUGCCAAAGAAAGUCCUUUCCGCCACAUUCUCCUGGGCUCCGGUCCGCACACGCUCAAAGGGCUGUCCAGUCACCUGGACGCCCUAAGAACUGACCGCCCGCAGGACACCACAGAUGAGUUCCGUAACCAGUUUGCCUUAGCAACCUGGACAAUUCAGGGCUGUGCCAAGGCACUGGCCGGGGACAUCUGGCCGUAUGAUGACGACAUGUAAAAAAAAAAAAAGUAAAAAAAAAAAGACAGUCCUGACUGCGGUAAUAAAAUAUAUAAAGUACACUAAUACUCAGUCCCUUCAGGAAUUUGCGAUGGCGCCAAUUCAGCAACCGAGCAGAAACUAACAAGGUGUAAAAAGUCUUUAUUGAUCACAAAUUAUAUUAUUAUAAUCCCUCAUUUUAACAACAAAAACUAUAAAUCACUCUUAAAUGUUCCCAAAUGCUUUUUAACCUGCGUUAAACAAUAAGACGGAUAACCCUUUUUUUUAAGCAUAAAACAUACUCGGAUAAUGUCUUACUGUAUUUAUAAUAAAUUAUUUAUAUUACUAAUAAUGACUAUUUAAAACAGUAGUCAUUUCUCAAUGAGCUCUGAGUGUACUUGUACUGCCAUCUAGUGUCUACUUUUAGGUCUGCCUGGUUCCAAAAAAUGGAUUCUUAACCAUUUUGACCUUUGGGUCUAUUUUUUCCACUACAUAGGGGCCCGGGGCCCACUCGAAUGUUAACACCGAAUCCUGAUUUUAAUCAUAUUUAAUAAUUAUAUCUAACAUGCAUAAGACAUAAAACCUUACAUUUUUAUUCAUAAACUUUAGGCUUAGGUUAGGCGGACUAGAAAAAUAAGUGAAGUCAAUUAUAUUUAUAUAGCGCUUGAAAUGGUGAAAUCCAAAAUCUAAGUUGCAUUUAAAACAGUGUGGGUGGGUAAAGUGUCUUGCCCAAGGACACAACGGCAGUGACUAGGAUGACGGAAGUGGGGAAUCGAACCUGGAACCCUCAAGUUUCUGGCUUCGCCAUUAUACCAACCGAGCUACACCGCCCCACUAAUAAAAAAAAAAAAAUGGCAUAAGAAAAGACUCGUAAAUAUAACUUAGAAACAAUACAUUUAUAUACAAUUAUAUUGUGCUUAAAAUAAACUAAUUAAUAAAUAAAUAUGUUGAACUAAACUGUCGAUAAAAUUAAAGUGCAAAUGAAAGUACAAAUUCAACACUUUAAUCAUAAUUUUGGCGCUUAAUUUAACCUAUUAAGGCCCAAGCUGUUGUUUACAUGCUUUUUUAAAAAUUUCCAUCCAUCCAUUUUCUACCGCUUAUUCCCUUUGGGGUCGCGGGGGGCGCCGGUGCCUAUCUCAGCUACAGUCGGGCGGAAGGCGGAGUCUACUUUUAGGUCUACCUGGUUCCAAAAAAUGGGUUCUUAACCAUUUUGACCUUGGGGCCUAUUUUUCCCACGACAUAGGGGCCCGGGGCCCAAUUGAAAUGUUCACACCGAAUCCCGAUUUUAAUCAUAUUCAAUAAUGCAAAAGACAUAAAACCUUAAAUUAUUAUGUAUUUAACACAUAAACUUUAGGCUUAGGUCAGGCGGACUAGAAGAAUAAGUGGUCAAUUAUAUUUAUAUAGCGCUUUUCUCUAGUGACUAGCGCUUGACAUGGUGAAAGCCAAUAUCUAGGUUGCAUUUAAAACAGUGUGGGUGGGUAAAGUGUCUUGCCCAAGGACACAAGUGCAGUGACUAGGAUGACGGAAGUGGGGAAUCGAACCUGGAACCCUCAAGUUUCUGGCUUCGCCAUUAUACCAACCGAGCUACACCGCCCCACUAAUAAAAAAAAAAAAAUGGCAUAAGAAAAGACUCGUAAAUAUAACUUAGAAACAAUACAUUUAUAUACAAUUAUAUUGUGCUUAAAAUAAACUAAUUAAUAAAUAAAUAUGUUGAACUAAACUGUCGAUAAAAUUAAAGUGCAAAUGAAAGUACAAAUUCAACACUUUAAUCAUAAUUUUGGCGCUUAAUUUAACCUAUUAAGGCCCAAGCUGUUGUUUACAUGCUUUUUUUAAUAUCCAUCCAUCCAUUUUCUACCGCUUAUUCCCUUUGGGGUCGCGGGGGACGCUGGUGCCUAUCUCAGCGGAAGGCGGUGUACACCUUGGACUAGUUGCCACCUCAUCGCAGGGCCUUUUUAAAAUUUUUCUCUUUGCUAUUCGGGCUAAUUGGACCCCAAUUAGAAUAAAAUCUAAGAAUCCUCUUAAUAUGAUGUACUUAGUCCAUAAGUACACAAAUGUGUACUUCAUGUUUAGUGACAUGCUAAAUCUUAUUUUUACAUGUUUCCCCCCCCCCAAAUUCCAUUGUAUGUUAUGCUCUUCCGACACCACCAGAUGGCAGUAUAAGUGUCCACAUAAGUGGCCACAAGACCCCGAUUCAGUAGUGUACACAAUUUUGGAAAUAAGAGCUAAAAGGUGCUGUCCACGCAUGUGGCCAACUAUGCUUUUAGAGGUUUUAUUUUUAAGAAACUUCUCAUCUUUAUCGCCAGUUUGUUUGAUAUUGUCAUUACUACCACGUGUGGUGGAAAAGGGUAUUACAACUGAGUCCAUACAGCUGAGAAACGGACAUUUUUUGGCCGAUUUUCAAUUUUUUUGUCGUAAGGAACGCUUAAAAUAGUGAUUUAAAAUUCUUAAAAAGACGAGUUUGUUCAAUAUUAUUAUAUUUAAAAAAAAAAAGUGACGUACACAAAAAGCCUGCAAAAUGCUGGAGGGACUGAAUUAGGAUAAUAAUAAUAAUACAAUUAAUUACACAUACCAGGUGACGUGACUCUUUAAUUAAAGACGGCACCUUUUUCACCUUAGCGAUUUAUUCAGUGUUUUCACAAAUGUGCGGUACUUACUAAUUAAACCUAAUUGGUGCUAUUACAGUUUACUUGCAAUUCCUGCAAAAUCCAAUCGCGAAAAUGCCAAACACAAAUGGGGAUUGGUGCAAAACCUGGCAAUUUGCUUGAAUAACGCAUCGUUAAGCACAAUUAAUGAUAUAAUACAAAACCAGUGAAGUUGGCACGUUGUUUAAAUUCGUAAAUAAAAACAGAAUACAAUGAUUUGCAAAUCCUUUCCGACUUAUAUUCAAUUGAAUAGACUGCAAAGACAAGAUAUUUAAUGUUCCAACUUGGAAACUAUAUUUUUUUUCAAGCAAGCGAAGCCGGCGGCGUUUCUGGGUGUUGUUGAUAAAUAACUUUCGCUUGGCAUAGUAGAGUUUUAACUUGCACUUACAGAUGUAGCUACAAACUGUAGUUACUGACAGUGGUUUUCUGAAGUUUUCCCAAGCCUAUGUGGUGAUAUCCUGUACACACUGACGUCGCUUUUUGACACGGCGCCGCCUGAGGUAUCGGAGGUCCGUAAUAUCAUCGCUUAAGCGCAGUGAUUUCUCCAGAUCCUCUGAACCUUUUGAUGAUGGUGAAAUCCCUAAAUUCCUUGCAAUAGCCGGUUGAGAAAUGUUGUUCUUAAUCAAUUUGCUCACGCAUUUGUUCAGAAAGCGGCAACCCUCGCCCAGUCCUUCUUUGUGAAUGACUGAGCAUUUCAUGGAAGCUGCUUUUUUUUUCUUUACCCAAUCAUAGCACCCGCCUGUCUCCAAUUAGCCUAUUCUGGGUGUUGUUGACAAAUAACUUUCGCUUGGCUUAGUAGAGUUUUAACUUGCAGUUACAGAUGUAGCGACCAACUGUAGUUACUGACAGUGGUUUUAUGAAGUUUUCCUGAGCCCAUGUGGUGAUAUCCUUUACACACUGUCUUUUUUGACUUGGUGCCGCCUGAGGUAUCGGAGGUCCGUAAUAUUAUCGCUUACACGCAGUGAUUUCUCCAGAUCUUCUGAACCUUUUGAUGAUGGUGAAAUCCCUAAAUUCCUUGCAAUAGCUGGUUGAGAAUUGUUCUUGAUCAAUUUGCUCACGCAUUUGUUCAGAAAGCGGCAACCGUCGCCCCGUCCUUCUUUGUGAAUGACUGAGCAUUUCAUGGAAGCCGCAAUUUUUUUUUCUUUACCCAAUCAUGGCACCCGCCUGUCUCCAAUUAGCCUAUUCUGGAUGUUGUUGAUAAAUAUCUUUGGCUUGGCAUAGUAGAGUUUUAACUUGCACUGACAGAUGUAGCACCCAACUGUAGUUACUGACAGUGGUUUUCUGAAGCUUUCCCUAGCCCAUGUGGUGAUAUCCUUUACGCACUGACGUCUCUUUUUUGACGUGGCGCCGCCUGAGGUAUCGGAUGUCCGUAAUAUCAUCGCUUACACGCAGUGAUUUCUCCAGAUUAUCUGAACCUUCUAAAUUCCUUGCAAUAUCUGGUUGAGAAAUGUUGUUCCUAAACAAUUUGCUUCACACAUUUUUUUCACAAAGCGGUGACUCUUUCCCCAUUCUUCUUUGUGAAUGACCGAGCAUUUCAUGGAAGCUGCUUUUUUUUUUUUUUUUUUUUACCCAACCAUGGCACCCGCCUGUCUCCAAUUAGCCUUUUCUGGGUGUUGUUGACAAAUAACUUUCGCUUGGCAUAGUAGAGUUUUAACUUGCACUGACAGAUGUAGCGACCAACUGUAGUUACUGACAGUGGUUUUCUGAAGGUUUCCAGAGCCCAUGUGGUGAUAUCCUAUACACACUGUGGCGACCCUCGCCCCCGUCCUUCUUUGUGAAUGACCGAGCAUUUCAUCGAAGCUGGUUUUUUUUUGUUGUUUUUUUACCUAACCUAAUUUGGCUCUUCACCUGUUUGAUGAGCAUUCCCUCAACUUUCUCAGUCUUUUUUGCCACUUGUGCCAGCUUUUUGGAAACAUGUUCCACAUGAGCUAAUAUUUGCCCCAAAAAAAAUGCAAUAUUUUUUCCAGUUUAAAUGUUAAAUAUCUUGUCUUUGCAAGUCUAUUCAAUUGAAUAUAAGUUGAAAAGGAUGAACAAAUCAUUGUUUUUAUUUACAAUUUACACAACGUGGCAGCUUCACGGGUUUUGCAAAAUGAUAAUAAAAGAACAAGCGUGUAUUUUACCAGGUUGGCACUGAAACGGAAAACUAUUUAUUGUAAUAUUUAUUUAUCAGUGGCAGCGUUCACUAUAAAUAGCCUUUUUUUUUUUUUUAUAGAAAAUGUAUAAUUAUCGGGAGCAGUGCCUUCCAUAAUUAUGACAGUUAUACUGUCGAAAUGUCAACAAGCAGCAUCUGCUAAAAAAAAAAAAAGAAGUGUACUCGUACAUGCACUUGAGUACAGUUUUUACACUGGAUGCACGUCAUCGCUCGGCGACGUCGCCGCGUACGCUUCGCCUCUCCAAGGCGUUAUCGGGAGCAGCGUCUCCCAUAGCGUGGGAACCAAGAAGGUAGUUUUUGCCUACCGGUGUGUGAGUGUGUGUAUCGGAGGCAGUGCCCUCCAUAUUUCACUGUAGGGAUGGAUGUUGGUAUUAUCGGAAGCAGUGUUUCCCAUAAUUUUUUGUACAUAACACUAUUUAGUACUUUCUCUGCGCUCAUAGUUAUGAAGCAUCUUUUUAUUUUUAUUUUUAGGAGGGAUCUGCAUGGCUGCGUUUGCCUCCAAUCAAACAGUGAUUGACCUUGUCAUACGUACAGUAGGAAGGGGAUUCACACAGCCCAGGUUACCUGACACAUGACACGUGACGAAUUGCCAGUUGCACUCUCUGUUUAAGCCGCAGGAUGGCAACUAUCUUAAAAUGUUAAAAUUCCUCUUACGCGAGAUCCACCCGGGGAACUUUGGCCAUGUCUCGGAUCAAACAGUAAUUAGCCUUUUCCAUACAUACAGUAGGAAGGGGAUUCAUACGGCCCAGUUUACCUGACACACGAAACGUGACAAAUUGCCAGUUGCAGUCUUCCUCCUACGCGAGAUCCACCCAGGAAGGGCGGCCAUGUCUCGAAUCAAACAGUGAUUGACCUUUUUCAAACGUACAGUAGGAAGGGGAUUCACACAGCCCAGGUUACCUGACACAUGACACGUGACGAAUUGCCAGUUGCGCUCUCUGUUUAAGCCGCAGGAUGGCAACUAUCUUAAAAUGUUAAAAUUCCUCUUACGCGAGAUCCACCCAGGGAACUUUGGCCAUGUCUCGGAUCAAACAGUAAUUAGCCUUUUCCAUACAUACAGUAGGAAGAGGAUUCAUACGGCCCAGUUUACCUGACACACGAAACGUGACAAAUUGCCAGUUGCAGUCUUCCUCCUACGCGGGAUCCACCCAGGAACGGGGGCCAUGUCUCGAAUCAAACAGUGAUUGACCUUUUUCAAACGUACAGUAGGAAGGGGAUUCAAACGGCCCAGUUUACCUGACACAUGAAACGUGACGAAUUGCGGGUUUCAUUCUCCACUUUGGCAACUAUCUUUCGUCCAUCCAUUUCCUACCGAUUGUCCCUUAUAAAGUUAAAAUCACCAAAUUAAUAAACCCUCCCUCUUGUCCUCUUACGCGAGAUCCACCCAGAAACGGGGGCUAUGUUUUGAAUCAAACAGUCAUUGACCUUUUCCACACAUACAAUAAGGAGGGGAUUCAUACAAGCUAGUUUACCUGACACAUGAAACAUGACAAAUUGCCAGUUGCACUCUCUGUUUAAGUCGCAGGAUGGCAACUAUCUUAAAAUGUUAAAAUUGCCAAAUUAUUAACCCCUCCCCCACCCUCUCCUCCUCUUACGCGAGAUCCACCCAGGGAACUUUGGCCAUGUCUCGGAUCAAACAGUAAUUAGCCUUUUUCAAACGUACAGUAGGAAGGGGAUUCAUACGCCCCAGUUUACCUGACACACGAAACGUGACAAAUUGCCAGUUGCAGUCUUCCUCUUACGCGAGAUCCACCCAGGAAGGGCGGCCAUGUCUCGAAUCAAACAGUGAUUGACCUUUUUCAAACGUACAGUAGGAAGGGUAUUCAUACGGCCCAGUUUACCUGACACACGAAACGUGACAAAUUGCCAGUUGCAGUCUUCCUCCUACGCGGGAUCCACCCAGGAAGGGGGGCCAUGUCUCGAAUCAAACAGUGAUUGACCUUUUUCAAACGUACAGUAGGAAGGGGAUUCAUACGGCCCAGUUUACCUGACACACGAAACGUGACAAAUUGCCAGUUGCAGUCUUCCUCCUACGCGGGAUCCACCCAGGAAGGGCGGCCAUGUCUCGAAUCAAACAGUGAUUGACCUUUUUCAAACGUACAGUAGGAAGGGGAUUCAUACGACCCAGUUUACCUGACACAUGAAACGUGACGAAUUGCCAGUUGCGCUCUCUGUUUAAGCCGCAGGAUGGCAACUAUCUUAAAAUGUUAAAAUUCCUCUUACGCGAGAUCCACCCAGGGAACUUUGGCCAUGUCUCGGAUCAAACAGUAAUUAGCCUUUUCCAUACAUACAGUAGGAAGGGGAUUCAUACGGCCCAGUUUACCUGACACACGAAACGUGACAAAUUGCCAGUUGCAGUCUUCCUCUUACGCGAGAUCCACCCAGGAAGGGCGGCUAUGUCUCGAAUCAAACAGUGAUUGACCUUUUUCAAACGUACAGUAGGAAGGGGAUUCAUACGGCCCAGUUUACCUGACACACGAAACGUGACAAAUUGCCAGUUGCAGUCUUCCUCCUACGCGAGAUCCACCCAGGAACGGGGGCCAUGUCUUGAACCAAACAGUGAUUGACCUUUUUCAAACGUACAGUAGGAAGGGGAUUCAUACGGCCCAGUUUACCUGACACACGAAACGUGACAAAUUGCCAGUUGCAGUCUUCCUCUUACGCGAGAUCCACCCAGGGAACUUUGGCCAUGUCUCGGAUCAAACAGUAAUUAGCCUUUUCCAUACAUACAGUAGGAAGGGGAUUCAUACGGCCCAGUUUACCUGACACACGAAACGUGACAAAUUGCCAGUUGCAGUCUUCCUCUUACGCGAGAUCCACCCAGGAAGGGCGGCUAUGUCUCGAAUCAAACAGUGAUUGACCUUUUUCAAACGUACAGUAGGAAGGGUAUUCAUACGGCCCAGUUUACCUGACACAUGAAACGUGACUAAUUGCCAGUUGCAGUCUUCCUCUUACGCGAGAUCCACCCAGGAACAAGGGCGAUGUCUUGAACCAAACAGUGAUUGACCUUUUUCAAACGUACAGUAGGAAGGGGAUUCAUACGGCCCAGUUUACCUGACACACGAAACGUGACAAAUUGCCAGUUGCAGUCUUCCUCUUACGCGAGAUCCACCCAGGAACAAGGGCGAUGUCUUGAACCAAACAGUGAUUGACCUUUUUCAAACGUACAGUAGGAAGGGGAUUCAUACGGCCCAGUUUACCUGACACACGAAACGUGACAAAUUGCCAGUUGCAGUCUUCCUCUUACGCGAGAUCCACCCAGGAACAAGGGCGAUGUCUUGAACCAAACAGUGAUUGACCUUUUUCAAACGUACAGUAGGAAGGGUAUUCACACAGCCCAGGUUACCUGACACAUGACACGUGACGAAUUGCCAGUUGCACUCUCUGUUUAAGCCGCAGGAUGGCAACUAUCUUAAAAUGUUAAAAUUCCUCUUACGCGAGAUCCACCCGGGGAACUUUGGCCAUGUCUCGGAUCAAACAGUAAUUGACCUUUUCCAUACAUACAGUAGGAAGGGGAUUCAUACGGCCCAGUUUACCUGACACACGAAACGUGACAAAUUGCCAGUUGCAGUCUUCCUCUUACGCGAGAUCCACCCAGGAAGGGCGGCUAUGUCUCGAAUCAAACAGUGAUUGACCUUUUUCAAACGUACAGUAGGAAGGGGAUUCAUACGGCCCAGUUUACCUGACACACGAAACGUGACAAAUUGCCAGUUGCAGUCUUCCUCUUACGCGAGAUCCACCCAGGAACGGGGGCCAUGUCUCGAAUCAAACAGUGAUUGACCUUUUUCAAACGUACAGUAGAAAAGGGUAUUCAUACGGCCCAGUUUACCUGACACAUGAAACGUGACGAAUUGCCAGUUGCGCUCUCUGUUUAAGCCGCAGGAUGGCAACUAUCUUAAAAUGUUAAAAUUCCUCUUACGCGAGAUCCACCCAGGGAACUUUGGCCAUGUCUCGAAUCAAACAGUAAUUAGCCUUUUCCAUACAUACAGUAGGAAGGGGAUUCAUACGGCCCAGUUUACCUGACACACGAAACGUGACUAAUUGCCAGUUGCAGUCUUCCUCUUACGCGAGAUCCACCCAGGAAGGGCGGCCAUGUCUCGAAUCAAACAGUGAUUGACCUUUUUCAAACGUACAGUAGGAAGGGGAUUCAUACGGCCCAGUUUACCUGACACAUGAAACGUGACAAAUUGCGGGUUUCAUUCUCCACUUUGGCCCGCUGGAUGGCAACUAUCUUUCGUCCAUCCAUUUCCUACCGAUUGUCCCUUAUGAAGUUAAAAUCACCAAAUUAAUAAACCCUCCCUCUCGUCCUCUUACGCGAGAUCCACCCAGAAACGGGGGCUAUGUUUUGAAUCAAACAGUGAUUGACCUUUUCCACACAUACAAUAAGGAGGGGAUUCAUACAAGCUACUUUACCUGACACAUGAAACAUGACAAAUUGCCAGUUGCACUCUCUGUUCAAGCCGCAGGAUGGCAACUAUCUUAAAAUGUUAAAAUUGCCAAAUUAUUAACCCCUCCCCCACCCUCUCCUCCUCUUACGCGAGAUCCACCCAGGGAACUUUGGCCAUGUCUCGGCUCAAACAGUAAUUAGCCUUUUCCAUACAUACAGUAGGAAGGGGAUUCAUACGCCCCAGUUUACCUGACACACGAAACGUGACAAAUUGCCAGUUGCAGUCUUCCUCCUACGCGGGAUCCACCCAGGAAGGGCGGCCAUGUCUCGAACCAAACAGUGAUUGACCUUUUUCAAACGUAGAGUAGGAAGGGGAUUCAUACGGCCCAGUUUACCUGACACAUGAAACGUGACAAAUUGCCAGUUGCAGUCUUCCUCUUACGCGAGAUCCACCCAGGAACGGGGGCCAUGUCUUGAACCAAACAGUGAUUGACCUUUUUCAAACGUACAGUAGGAAGGGGAUUCAAACGGCCCAGUUUACCUGACACACGAAACGUGACAAAUUGCCAGUUGCAGUCUUCCUCUUACGCGAGAGCCACCCAGGAACAAGGGCGAUGUCUUGAACCAAACAGUGAUUGACCUUUUUCAAACGUACAGUAGGAAGGGGAUUCAAACGGCCCAGUUUACCUGACACACGAAACGUGACAAAUUGCCAGUUGCAGUCUUCCUCUUACGCGAGAGCCACCCAGGAACAAGGGCGAUGUCUUGAACCAAACAGUGAUUGACCUUUUCCGUACGUACAGUAGAAAAGGGAUUCAUACGGCCCAGUUUACCUGACACAUGACACGUGACGAAUUUCCAGUUGCACUCUCCGCUUUGGCCCGCCGGAUAGCAACUAUCUUUCGUCCAUCCAUUUUCUACCGAUUGUCCCUUAUGAAGUUAAAAUCACCAAAUUAAUAAACCCUCCCUCUCGUCCUCUUACGCGAGAUCUACCCAGAAACGGGGGCUAUGUUUUGAAACAGUGAUUGACCUUUUUCAAACGUACAGUAGGAAGGGGAUUCAUACGGCCCAGUUUACCUGACACACGAAACGUGACAAAUUGCCAGUUGCAGUCUUCCUCUUACGCGAGAUCCACCCAGGGAACUUUGGCCAUGUCUCGGAUCAAACAGUAAUUAGCCUUUUCCAUACAUACAGUAGGAAGGGGAUUCAUACGGCCCAGUUUACCUGACACACGAAACGUGACAAAUUGCCAGUUGCAGUCUUCCUCUUACGCGAGAUCCACCCAGGAAGGGCGGCUAUGUCUCGAAUCAAACAGUGAUUGACCUUUUUCAAACGUACAGUAGGAAGGGUAUUCAUACGGCCCAGUUUACCUGACACAUGAAACGUGACUAAUUGCCAGUUGCAGUCUUCCUCUUACGCGAGAUCCACCCAGGAACAAGGGCGAUGUCUUGAACCAAACAGUGAUUGACCUUUUUCAAACGUACAGUAGGAAGGGGAUUCAUACGGCCCAGUUUACCUGACACACGAAACGUGACAAAUUGCCAGUUGCAGUCUUCCUCUUACGCGAGAUCCACCCAGGAACAAGGGCGAUGUCUUGAACCAAACAGUGAUUGACCUUUUUCAAACGUACAGUAGGAAGGGUAUUCACACAGCCCAGGUUACCUGACACAUGACACGUGACGAAUUGCCAGUUGCACUCUCUGUUUAAGCCGCAGGAUGGCAACUAUCUUAAAAUGUUAAAAUUCCUCUUACGCGAGAUCCACCCGGGGAACUUUGGCCAUGUCUCGGAUCAAACAGUAAUUGACCUUUUCCAUACAUACAGUAGGAAGGGGAUUCAUACGGCCCAGUUUACCUGACACACGAAACGUGACAAAUUGCCAGUUGCAGUCUUCCUCUUACGCGAGAUCCACCCAGGAAGGGCGGCUAUGUCUCGAAUCAAACAGUGAUUGACCUUUUUCAAACGUACAGUAGGAAGGGGAUUCAUACGGCCCAGUUUACCUGACACACGAAACGUGACAAAUUGCCAGUUGCAGUCUUCCUCUUACGCGAGAUCCAACCAGGAACGGGGGCCAUGUCUCGAAUCAAACAGUGAUUGACCUUUUUCAAACGUACAGUAGAAAAGGGUAUUCAUACGGCCCAGUUUACCUGACACAUGAAACGUGACGAAUUGCCAGUUGCGCUCUCUGUUUAAGCCGCAGGAUGGCAACUAUCUUAAAAUGUUAAAAUUCCUCUUACGCGAGAUCCACCCAGGGAACUUUGGCCAUGUCUCGAAUCAAACAGUAAUUAGCCUUUUCCAUACAUACAGUAGGAAGGGGAUUCAUACGGCCCAGUUUACCUGACACACGAAACGUGACUAAUUGCCAGUUGCAGUCUUCCUCUUACGCGAGAUCCACCCAGGAAGGGCGGCCAUGUCUCGAAUCAAACAGUGAUUGACCUUUUUCAAACGUACAGUAGGAAGGGGAUUCAUACGGCCCAGUUUACCUGACACAUGAAACGUGACAAAUUGCGGGUUUCAUUCUCCACUUUGGCCCGCUGGAUGGCAACUAUCUUUCGUCCAUCCAUUUCCUACCGAUUGUCCCUUAUGAAGUUAAAAUCACCAAAUUAAUAAACCCUCCCUCUCGUCCUCUUACGCGAGAUCCACCCAGAAACGGGGGCUAUGUUUUGAAUCAAACAGUGAUUGACCUUUUCCACACAUACAAUAAGGAGGGGAUUCAUACAAGCUACUUUACCUGACACAUGAAACAUGACAAAUUGCCAGUUGCACUCUCUGUUCAAGCCGCAGGAUGGCAACUAUCUUAAAAUGUUAAAAUUGCCAAAUUAUUAACCCCUCCCCCACCCUCUCCUCCUCUUACGCGAGAUCCACCCAGGGAACUUUGGCCAUGUCUCGGCUCAAACAGUAAUUAGCCUUUUCCAUACAUACAGUAGGAAGGGGAUUCAUACGCCCCAGUUUACCUGACACACGAAACGUGACAAAUUGCCAGUUGCAGUCUUCCUCCUACGCGGGAUCCACCCAGGAAGGGCGGCCAUGUCUCGAACCAAACAGUGAUUGACCUUUUUCAAACGUACAGUAGGAAGGGGAUUCAUACGGCCCAGUUUACCUGACACAUGAAACGUGACAAAUUGCCAGUUGCAGUCUUCCUCUUACGCGAGAUCCACCCAGGAACGGGGGCCAUGUCUUGAACCAAACAGUGAUUGACCUUUUUCAAACGUACAGUAGGAAGGGGAUUCAAACGGCCCAGUUUACCUGACACACGAAACGUGACAAAUUGCCAGUUGCAGUCUUCCUCUUACGCGAGAGCCACCCAGGAACAAGGGCGAUGUCUUGAACCAAACAGUGAUUGACCUUUUCCGUACGUACAGUAGAAAAGGGAUUCAUACGGCCCAGUUUACCUGACACAUGACACGUGACGAAUUUCCAGUUGCACUCUCCGCUUUGGCCCGCCGGAUAGCAACUAUCUUUCGUCCAUCCAUUUUCUACCGAUUGUCCCUUAUGAAGUUAAAAUCACCAAAUUAAUAAACCCUCCCUCUCGUCCUCUUACGCGAGAUCUACCCAGAAACGGGGGCUAUGUUUUGAAACAGUGAUUGACCUUUUCCACACAUACAAUAAGGAGGGGAUUCAUACAACCUAGUUUACCUGACACAUGAAACGUGACAAAUUGCUAGUUGCGCUCUUCGUCUUACGCGAGAUCCACCCAGGAACGGGGCUAUGUCUCGAAUAAAAUCGGCACAGUAGGAAGGGGGUUCAUACGGCCACAUUUGUCGCCGUUUACCCGACACGUGAAACGUGACAAAUUGCCAGUUGCACUCUCUGCUUUGGCCCGCCGGAUGUCAACUAUCUUAAAAUGUUAAAAUUGCCAUAAUAAUUAAGCCCUCCCUCUCUUCCUCUUACGCGAGAUCCAUCCAGGAACGGGGCCAUGUCUCGAAUCAAACAGUGAUUGACCUUUUCCAUAUGUAUAAUAGGAAGGGGAUUCAGACGGCCUAGUUUACCUGACACAUGAAACAUGACAAAUUUCCAGUGGCACUCUCCGCUUUGGUUCGCCGGAUGGCAACUAUCUUAAAAUGUUAAAAUUGCCAAAUUAUUAACUCCUAGCCUCUCUUCCUCUUACGCGAGACCCACCCAGAAACGGGGCUAUGUCUCGAAUAAAUUACGCACAGUAAGAAGGGGAUUCCCCGGCCCCAUUCGUCGCCGUUUACCCGACACAUGAAACGUGACGAAUUGCCAGUUGGACUCUCCGCAUUGGCCCGGCGGGUGGCAACUAUCUUUCAUCCAUCCAUUUUCUACAGAUUGUCCCUUAUAAAGUUAAAAUCACCAAAUUAAUGACCCCUCCCUCUCUUCCUCUUACGCGAGAUCCACCCAGGAACGGAGCCCAUGUCUCGAAUCAAACAGUGAUUGGCCUUUUCCGUACGUAGAGUAGGAAGGGGAUUCAUACGGCCCAGUUUACCUGACACAUGAAACGUGACAAAUUGCCAGUUGCACUCUUCCUCUUACGCGAGAUCCAACCAGGAACGGGGGCCAUGUCUCGAAUCAAACAGUGAUUGACCUUUUCCAGAUGUACAAUAGGAAGGAGAUUCGUACAACCCAGUCAACCCGACACACGAAACGUGACAAAUUGCCAGUUGCACUCUUCCUCUUACGCGAGAUCCAACCAGGAACGGAGCCCAUGUCUCGAAUCAAACAGUGAUUGACCUUUUCCGUACGUAGAGUAGGAAGGGGAUUCAUACGGCCCAGUUUACCUGACACAUGAAACGUGACAAAUUGCCAGUUGCACUCUUCCUCUUACGCGAGAUCCAACCAGGAACGGGGGCCAUGUCUCGAAUCAAACAGUGAUUGACCUUUUCCAUAUGUACAAUAGGAAGGAGAUUCGUACAACCCAGUUAACCCGACACACGAAACGUGACAAAUUGCCAGUCGCACUCUCCGCUUUGGUCCGCCGGAUGGCAACUAUCUUCCAUCCAUCCAUUUCUACCGCUCGUCCCUUAAAAUGUUAAAAAUGGCCAAAUUAGUAAACCCCUCCUCCUCUCUUCCCCUUACGCGAGAUCCCCCCAUGUGAAGCCCUUCCCUACUGGCACGUGUGACAGAUUAGUGUGCUGCAGUUACGUGUGCGGUGGUUUCAGGUGUGUCGACAAAGUCGCACCUGCCUUUUUUUUUUGUUGUUUUAUGAUUGCUUUUAGAUGUCUCUAAUUAGGAGUUGCAUUCGUUUUUUUUUUUCCCAAAAUACCGAAAUCCAAAGUUACUGACGCGCAUGUCUGAAACGCUAACAACAAUUAAAAGAAGUGACAAUAAUGAUUUUCUUAAAUUUUAUUUUUGUGUGCUUUUACUUUGUAGAGCGAAAUUGUGUCCUUGUUUUUUCAGCGAGUCGCCUUCAAACGGUGCAGUGGUUCUGUGCUCAAUAUCAAAAACCCGUAUCGCUUCCAAAUGUUGGUUUGUGUGCCUUGUGACAUUUCUGUAUCUGCAAUAAACAAUCACCUCACA